GAUUCUCACUCAGUCACCCCCCAAAAACUCCCCUUUGACGGAUCCAUGGACCAACAUCUAGACCACAUCACGGUGAUGGGUGCUGCCAUCCAGGCGUAAACUUUUUUUUUGGGAAAAAAAAGUGGAACAAGCGUUCAGGGAUCAGCUGUGUGUGUGUUUUUCUUUUUCUUUCUUUCUUUCUUUUUUUUUGCCUGGAAGAAUACCGUCGGUUAAUAGCGACUGAUUAGCUUUUUUUUUUUUCUUCUCUGGAAGGGAUUUGCAAACCUAUCGGAUUGCUUUCUGUCUGCGCACAGCCGCGCUGAAAGGAAAAAUUUCCAGCCCAGUUCCCGAAGCGCAAAACGCGGGGAAUGCAGCGGUAACAUCCCGCAAGUUUUAGUGGAUCCGAGAGGCACAGCAGCGACCGACAGAGCCAGAAAUCAAAGAUUUAGAUCUCUGUGGGCUACCUGCAUGGCUGUUACCAUGACAGCAUCUGGAGCCCAACUCCUCCUGUUGGCCUUAUGUGUUUACAGAGGCUCGGGCCUGCAGCAGUCUGCUCCGCGGGUUCGCCUCUCCUUCAAAGAGCUCAUGGACACAAGAGCAGCACGACCCUUCAGUUUCUCCUUCAACACAAGCGACUACCGCAUCCUCCUGAUGGAUCAGGAUCAGGGCCGUCUGUACUUGGGCAGCCGGGAGUACCUGGUGGCUCUGGACAUGCAUAAUGUCAACAAGGAGCCACUUAUAAUCCACUGGCCAGCAUCUGCAAAGAGAAAGGGAGAAUGUCAGAUGACGGGAAAGGGAAGACAGGGUGAAUGUGCCAACUUUGUGCGGUUGAUAGAGCCGUGGAACCGCACCCACCUCUACACCUGUGGGACGGGGGCGUACCAACCCAUCUGCACAUUUAUCAACCGAGGAUGGAGGGCCGAGGACUACCUGUUUAGGCUGGUCCCCGGGUAUGUGGAUUCAGGGAAGGGAAAAUGUUCCUACGAUCCCAAACAGGAGAACGUUGCAGUUCUGAUCAAUAGUAACCUGUAUGCGGGGGUACAUAUCGACUUUAUGAGUACAGAUGCUGCUGUGUUUAGGACCAUGGGAGGGAGAACAGCAAUCAGGACAGAACAGUAUGACUCCAGGUGGCUCAACGAGCCUGUGUUUAUUCAGAUCCAGCAGAUCCCUGACAGUGCAGAAAAAAAUGACGACAAACUUUACUUCUUUUUCCGCGAGAAGAGUCUAGACUCGAGCGGCGGGGCGAGCCCCACUGUUUUAGCACGGGUGGGAAGAGUGUGUCUGAAUGAUGAAGGAGGGCAGAAGUCCCUGGUGAACCGCUGGACCACGUUCCUGAAGGCUCGUCUUAUCUGUUCGGUGAUAGGGGAAGAUGGAGUGGAGACACGAUUUGAUGAACUACGGGACGUCUUUAUUCAGCCAACGCAGGAUGAAAGAAACCCCAUGGUGUACGCUCUCUUCACUACCGCAGGCUCUGUGUUCAAAGGCUCAGCAGUCUGCGUGUACUCAAUGGCUGAUAUCCGCAAUGUUUUCAAUGGACCAUUUGCCCACAAACAUGGACAUAACUACCAAUGGACAGAGUACACUGGCAAGAUUCCUUAUCCUCGACCUGGGACAUGUCCAGGAGGAACCUUCACUCCUGGUAUCCGAUCCUCCAAGAACUUCUCAGAUGAGGCUGUGAAUUUCAUCAGAGCCCAUCCCCUCAUGUUUCACCCGGUUUAUCCUAUUCAUCGCCGCCCUCUGGUGGUGAGAACUGGGGUGGACUACCGUUUCACCGCCCUGGUGGUGGAUCAGGUGGAUGCUGUGGAUGGACGCUACGAGGUGCUCUUCCUGGGGACAGAUCGAGGCACCGUGCAAAAAGUCAUAGUCUUGCCUAAGGACCCAACCAGCAUGGAGGAGCUGACACUGGAGGAGGUGGAGGUUUUUAGGACAAGAGCUCCAGUCAAAACCAUGAAGAUAUCAUCUAAAAGACAACAGUUGUACGUGUCUUCAGAUGCGGGGCUAACCCAGGUAUCACUGCACCGCUGUGGUGUGUACGGCAGGGCCUGCUCUGACUGCUGCCUGGCCCGGGACCCCUACUGUGCCUGGGACGGAGAGAGCUGCUCGGCCUUCACCCCGUCGACCAAAAGGUCAGAGAUGCUUCUAGGCAUGAAAGUGAGUAUGUGUCAAUUCUAUUUAAAUUUUAAUUCUGAUUUUUGUCACAGGAGGAGCAGAAGACAGGAUGUCAAACACGGUGAUCCACUGAGGCAGUGUAGAGGCUUUAACGCCAAAGUGGAGAAGCGCCUGAGAGAGAUUGUGCAGUUUGGGGUGGAGGGCAGCAGCACCUUCUUGGAGUGUCAGCCUCGCUCUCCUCAGGCCACAGUCAAGUGGCUUUUUCAGAGGGAAGGAAAGAGGAAAGUGCUCAACCGUGUGGGAGUUCUGAAGACCAACCAUGGCAUCCUUCUGAAGUCUCUGAACCAGUCAGACGCAGGGCUCUACCACUGCCUCGCCACUGAAAACAACUUUAAACACACUGUGGCCCGCGUAGCAUUGCGCAUCCUCGAUCGAGAUAUCGUUUUAGCUCUCACCGCUCAAGAUGAGGACGAAGAGCCAAAAACUCGCCAGGCGGGGCCUUACCCUCAGCCGUCCCUUGUCUCCACACCCUUCCCACCCGAGAUUAGACUGAUAAACCAGUACUGCCAGUCCUACUGGGAACAACUCAGCCCUAAACAGCAGCAGCAGCAGCAGCGCAAGAGGACCAGCCGCAGGCACACAGAAAGUCAGGACCAAGGCCUCGGCUAGAGAACAGGCACAGAGCUGUCCAACACUGGCCUGUCUGGACUUUAUGGUGGACUUUUAGUUUUGACACUCUGGGUGUCACUUCCAUUCAUUAGGCAGGUGAUGCUGCUGUCAUUCUGUCGUUAAAGUACUAUAUUGGUGGUUUUGCAAGUGUCAGUCCAGUAAAGACAUAAUAAAUAUAUUUUACACUACUGAUGACCACAUUCUAAAUAAGGAUAUACAUCUCUAGUUUUUGAAACACAGCCGUAUUGCCACGCAACUGUAACGUUACUGUGGUGAAAAAAAAGAACAAAGACUGCACAUUGGGAUCGAUCACAUAACUCACGCAAACUUGGUGUUGUUCUGGAAAAAGGCUGACUGUGAUGUAAAGUAUAUGCAACAUAUAGUUAACGGGCUCAAACAUGCAAAAACACAGGUAUGGUCUCUUUUAAGUAUCUUGAAACAGAAAAUGUAAUAUAUUGAUUGUGAAUAUAAUAUAUAUGGUCAUGAUAUGGAUUACUCUUGUAUUGUAUGAAGAUAAUAUGACAUAAAUGCAUAUUUUGCAUGCGUACUGUUGUUGUUUGUUGCAAGUUGUACAUUUUACUGUUUCCAACCUCGGUGUGUUAUGAUGUUUGUAAGGUGUAAUGUAUUCUGUUAAGCUAAUUCCAUUGGAUGUUGUCAUGUAAUGACUCCCUUACUGUCCUGUGCUUUAGUGAUCUAGAGUAUGUGAGUAUUGAAGAUAUGUAUAGCGUACAGUGUUCUUCCAGUCAUGCACUUUGUUGGUGGUGGUAUUCGAGGGAAUUUGGGGAUCUUUGCACAGAUGUAUGAGAAAAUGAUACAGGAACCUAAUUUUUUUAUGUUAUAAAAAUGGGGAUGAAACUGGCUCAGAUUUAGUAUUGUUUGUUGGUGUUCGGUCAUAAGCUGCAUUUACAGACUUUUGAAAUGGCUCUUUUUAAAGGAAGAGCCACUAUUCACCUUCACAGUGAGUAACUCGCUGCUAUGUGUUGUUAUGCAGAUGAACCCUACACUGGAAAUGUUGGAACAAGUAUAUAAACAUCUCUGAUUUCUCAUAAA